ACGACAGACAAACACAUUUUGAUGUGAUCGAAAAUUUCAAAGAAUUUUUUUUUGAAAUUUUGCUGUGAUUUUUUCUUGAAAAAAGCCAAUCUUUUUUAACAAUAAAAAACAGGAAAAUGAUAACCGAAGCUGAAAAUGUGUCCGAUUAUGUUCCAUUCUAUUAUCUAUUCACAUUGUUACCGAUUUUACUUGUGAUUACAACACCGGCAGCAGGUUCGAUUGUGAUGGCAACUGGUACAGCCAUUGCUGGAUCAUCAAAUCUAUCACAAAAUCAAUUUAUUAUCUAUCGUGUACAUCAGAUUGAUAUGCCUUAUGGUCAAUUCGGUUCACGUAGUUCAACAUUCAAUCUUGAGGCAUUAACACCUAAUCAAUUAUCGGAUUUUUUUAUCCGUAAAUGUGCAUUAUUUAAAUGGAAAGAUUUAUUCCAUAAAAGUUUUCAUGAUAUUUUUAUCAAAAAAAUUCUACAAGAAUCUUUAGUAUCCGGUGUGUUGAUCAUAUAUGAUGAUAUUAUAAAUAAAUCAGUGACAAUGGAUGAGUUAAAUAAAUGGCAAAAUAUUGAAAAACGAUUGUUAACCAAUGAAACAUCGUUGCCCAUAUAUUUUAUCCAAGAAAAUGAGGAUAUCAAUAGAUUAUAUGACGAAUUAAUGGAAUCAUCUGAAAAUAAUAACAUCAAUCAAGGAGCUCUAGGUUCAAAGACAACUAAAUCUGCUGCCGAAAUGAUUCGACAGAAAAUAUUUUUCGAUAGCUAUCAAUUUGUCGUGAAUGGACCACAGGUUACAACUAUUAAUAAUCCGAUUGUAACAAGUUUUCAAACAAAAUUAAUCGGUGCCGGUAUCGAAGAUCAGAUGCCGACAUAUGUAAUUGUUUCACAUUAUGAUAGUUAUUCAAUGAUCCCGGCUUUAUCAAAUGGUGCAGAUUCAAAUGCUAGUGGUGUGAUCAUAUUUCUUGAAUUGAUGAGAUUAUUCUCAAAACUUUAUUCGAACAUAAAAACUCGACCAAAAGCAAAUCUAGUAUUUUUACUAUCCGGUGGUGGUAAAUUAAAUUAUUUUGGUACCAAAAAAUGGUUAGAUGAUAAUUUCGAUUCAUCACGAUCGUCGGAUGGUGAUUCAUUAUUGGAUAAUAUACAAUUUGCUGUUUGUCUUGAAUCGUUGGCCGAUUCGAUGAAUGAAAAUGGUUUAUUCAUGUAUGUAUCGAAACCACCUAAACCCGGAACACCGGCUUCAUUAUUCUGGAAUAAUCUACAAGAAAUAUCCAGUGAUUACUCAAAAAUAAAUACGACACUUAUUCAUAAGAAAAUUAAUCUAGCCGAAGAUUAUCUAUUCUGGGAACAUGAACGUUUUAGCCUCAAACGAAUAUCUGCAUUUACAUUGACAUCAUUAUCUUCAUCGAAAAUAAUUCAACGUCGAACAAUGAUUGAUGUUCGGCAACGUGAUGAGCAACAACGAUUAAAUCAUAUGGAAAAUUAUAUCAACAUUAUUGGUGAAGCAUUAGCUCAUCAACUAUAUGGACCGAUUAAAGAAAAUCUAUUAUCCGGUGAAUAUUCCGUAUCACAGUCAUUUAUCAAAUCUAUUUCAAAGCAAUUGCAAAACGUUCCCCGUACACAGAAUCUGUUGUUUACGACACAAAAAGAUUCACAAAAUUAUCAAUUACCAACAUUGUUAAAAACCAUGCAAAUGAUGAUGAAAAAAUAUUCCGAUGGUAAUGUACGUACAUUACAUUAUAAAGUGGAUGCGAAGAAUCCCGAAUUUGUAUUCUAUGAACCGGUCGAAACUCGUUUAUUCAUCUAUAAAACUAAACCGGCCAUAUUUGAUCUGUUCAUAACGAUGAUCGUUUUAAUUUAUCUGUUUGCCUUUUUUCUUGUCAUCAAGUAUUACGAUCAUUUAAUUUCAUUGACAAGGAUUUUCACAACAACAUCAACAAUGGCCAAAGAGAAGGCCAUUCAUCGUGAUUGAAAUAUCUAAUAAUUUCGGAUUAUUGCAAAUAAAUAUUAAGCAUUCAUUAAAUCCAUCAUCAUUCUGCGUGGAACUGUAAAUGUAGCCAAGAUAUAAAUUGUAUCAUUUAGAA